AUGUGCGUCAACUGUAUCCGUAACGAAGUGGACAUUACCGAGGGUAUUCCAAAGCAAGUGCAUAUCCAUUUCUGCCGCAACUGUGAACGAUAUCUUCAACCACCCGGCAUGUGGAUCACCGCCGAACUCGAAUCCCGAGAGCUGUUAACACUAUGCUUGAAGAAAUUGAAGGGCUUGAACAAGGUGCGAUUGGUGGAUGCAGGAUUCAUUUGGACCGAACCCCACAGUAGAAGAAUCAAGGUCAAAUUGACAAUUCAAAAAGAGGUGUUUGCCAACACGAUUUUGCAGCAAAUGUUUGAAGUGGAAUACGUUGUAUCAUACCAGCAAUGUGAGGAAUGUACUCGGUUAGCAGCACAAAACACAUGGAAGGCUUCGGUGCAAGUGCGUCAAAAGGUCGAGCACAAGCGUACCUUUUUGUAUCUCGAGCAAUUGAUUCUCAAGCAUAAUGCACACAAGGAUACCACCAACAUCAAAGAGGCAAAGGAUGGCAUUGAUUUCUACUUUGGGCAACGUGGUCAUGCAAUCAAGAUGGUCGAAUUUUUGAACGCUGUUGUUCCUAUCAAAUACAAGACGAGUGAACAAUUGAUUUCCACAGAUAUCCACACGAGUGUCAGCAACUACAAGUUUACAUAUUCAGUUGAAAUUGUUCCCAUCUGUAAAGACGACUUGAUUUGCUUGCCUCGAAAAGUUGCCAACAGCUUGGGUAACAUCAGCCCACUUUUAUUGUGUACUCGUGUCGGCAACACACUCCAACUUCUUGAUCCCAACACACUCAAUUAUGGUGAUAUCAACACAACCGUUUAUUGGCGUGCACCCUUCACUGCCCUUGCUUCUGUCAAGUCGAUGAUUGAAUUUGUUGUAUUGGAUGUGGAGCCCUUGGGUCCUGUACGGGGUAAAUAUGUAUUGGCAGAUGUCCACGUUGCACGCAUGUCCGAUUUUGGUCACAACGACAACGAAUUCAUUGUACGAUCACACUUGGGUGCAUUGUUGAAUCCUGGUGAUACCGCCCUUGGUUACGACCUGUCACACAGCAACUUCAACAAUGAAGAAUUCGACAAGUUAGACCGAAGCUCAUUGCCUGAUGUCGUCUUGGUGCGUAAAUCCUAUCCUCAACGCCGCAAGAAGAACAAGCAACGUAAUUGGAAGUUGCAGCAAUUGGGCAAGGAAGAGAGUGAAUUGUUGCCUCGUAAACAAGACCAGGCCCGUAUUGAACAAGACAUGGAGAUGUUUAUGCGUGACAUUGAAGAAGAUCCAGAAUUCCGAUCAACUAUCAACAUUUUCAAGAAUGCUCAACAAAACCAACAACAACAACCCCGUGAUGAGAACGCCAUGGUGGAUAGCGAAGAGGAAGAAGAACAAGACUUCCCUGAGAUCUCUUUGGAGGAAAUGUUGGAUGAGAUGAAGAUCAAUCAAGAUGGCCCUGAUGAACCUCACAAUGACGACGAUGUGAUGAUGAUGUAA